AUAACCGUUUUGUACCUAACCACAAAACAAAUUAUUACCUUCUUUUUGAAACACAUGGAAUUUAUCAUUUAAAGUGUAGAAAGUCGAUUUUCAUUCCAUUAAUAACUACUAUUUGCUACUGUAUUCUGGAAAAUGGUUCAAAACGUUCAUGGCACUUACAUUUCUGAAAAAAUUAACAAAAUACGUUGGAGACCUGAUGCUUUCAGUUAUUCUUAUGCUUUUGUAACGGGAAGUUGGGACAAUGACAGUCAGAACAGUAUUAAACUGUGGAGGUUUGAAGAAGGAGAUGACAUGGAUAUUUUUCCAUUUACCAUUCAAAGUUUUCCAUUUCAAGGAGACAUAACAGAAAUUAAAUUUAUAAAUCCCGAUUUCUGUGUGGCAUCAUCGUCCAUUGGUUCUUUAAGUUAUUUAAAAUUUACUACAGUACACAAGGGAGAUACACAGAUCACUCAAGAAAAUCGCUGGGAGAAAAUUCACAAAUUUAAGAAUAACGACAAUAGUUCCUGCACAGGAUUUGCAAGUUACAAUAACGAUAUUGCGAGUGUUGGUGAAGAUGGAUGUAUAAAUUUACUGAAUGUUGAGCACAAAAAUGUUAUUAGAUCAUUGAAUGAAGCUGAUAGUUCUUGUUUGAAUUGUGUAACAUUCUUAAAGCACAGCGAAAUAUUAACUGGUAAUUCGCGAGGACAAAUGAAGAUUUGGGAUUUACGUUCUGAGGAUGUUAAGCCCUGUAGUACUUUCAUGUUAAGCCCUGAUCAAGUCGCUUCUACUUGCUUAACUUACCACCCCACGCAGCGACAUAUAGUUAUUGCAGGAGAUGAAGAAGGUUCGUUAACAGUAUGGGAUUUGAGACAAAAUACUUUCCCAGUAAAUUUAUUAAGUGCUCAUUCAGAAAGUGUGGCUGAAAUCCAAUUUCACCCAGAUCACCCUGACCAAAUGUUUAGCUGCUCAUUUUCGGGGGAAUUAUGGCACUGGAUUACCAAUAAGUCUUCCUUCCAUGGAGGAAAACUGUUGGACGUGUCGGAAGUCGAAAUAAAUCCGUGGAGUUCCACAGAUCAGGCUAAGAAUAAGUUUGAAGUGUUCAUGCUUAUGCCAAAAUUGCAUAAACCAAUUAAUAGCAUAGAUUUAAACUACAACAGAGUUUUGUGCGGAUGUGACAAUGAAGCAUUAUAUUUAAUUGAUAAUAUCAAUAUUUAUAAUUAGAUAAUUGUAUUUGUAUUUUUAUAUAAUAAAUUCGAUGGUAUAA